AUGCGGCGAUUAAGAAGAUGCUUGCAACAUUGGAUGAUCCGUUCACUCGGUUAUUGGAACCUGAGAAAUUCAAGAGUUUGCGGUAAGUCUGGCACGCAAGGUGCCCUCACGGGUGUAGGUUUAUCCAUCGGCUACCCGUUGGCCCUUAAAGGAUCACCUGCAGGGCUCUCCGUAAUGUCAGCAGCCCCAGGGGGUCCUGCAGAAAAGGCGGGCAUCGUGUCCGGAGACGUUAUUUUGGCAAUUGACGACACAAGCGCACAAGACAUGGACAUAUAUGACGCAGCAGAUCGCUUGCAGGGUCCCGAAGGAAGCUCAAUAGAUUUGACUAUCCUCAGUGGAGCUGAUACCAGACAUGUUGUUUUGAAGAGAGAAAGAUAUACUUUAAACCCGGUGAGGUCAAGGAUGUGUGAGAUUCCAGGUUCAGAGGACAGCUCAAAGAUCGGUUACAUCAAACUAACGACAUUUAACCAAAAUGCUGCAGGAUCCGUUAAGGAAGCCAUUAAAAAAUUAAGGGAGAACAAUGUAAAGGCCUUUGUGUUGGAUCUGCGGAAUAACAGCGGUGGCCUUUUUCCUGAAGGGAUUGAGAUUGCGAAGAUUUGGAUGGACAAGGGUGUCAUUGUGUAUAUAUGUGAUAGCCGUGGUGUCCGUGACAUUUAUGAGGCAGAUGGAGCUAGCACGAUUGCUGCAUCAGAACCUUUAGUUGUCCUGGUAAACAAAGGAACUGCAAGCGCAAGUGAGAUCCUUGCGGGAGCACUGAAAGACAACAAGAGGGCAGUGGUGUAUGGGGAACCAACAUAUGGAAAAGGCAAGAUCCAGUCGGUGUUUGCGCUGUCCGAUGGAUCAGGGUUGGCCGUGACGGUGGCGCGCUACGAAACCCCUGCGCAUACUGACAUAGAUAAGGUCGGUGUGACUCCGGACCGUCCAUUGCCGGCAUCGUUCCCGACCGACGAAGAUGGCUUCUGCAGCUGCCUCAGGGACCCAGCUUCUUGCAACCUUAACGCCGCCCGGCUGUUUGCGAGAUCGUGA